AUGGUCAAGGCACCACCUAUUAUUGACUUUGGGGCCUUUUACUCUUCUGACUCGAUCGGGAAAAAUGUCUUAGUUCAGCAAAUUCGCGAAGCGUGCCAGCGCCAUGGUUUCUUCCAGAUAAUCAAUCACAGGGUGCCAUCAGAUCUACAGGAAUCAAUUCUACAGCAGUCGCGAGACCUAUUCAGUCUACCGCUCGACAUCAAAGAAAAAUAUAGCAAGGACCUCGGCACAGAUAAUCGAGGGUAUGAACGACUCCGCGCCCAAAGGUUCGAGAAACGAGGGCAAGGCGAUCUGAAGGAAGGGUUCUAUUUUGGAAAAGAUUUACCGACAGACCAUCCUUCUGUAGUUGCUGGGAAAUUCUCUCAAGGUUCUAACAAAUAUCCUUCCGAGAUCCAGGACCAUGGCUUGUUCAAAGCGACAAUCGACACCUAUCAUGCCACCUUAACCAGCCUAUCGGAGGACAUAUUGAAAGUUUUGGCACUAACACUAAACCUCGAGCCGAACUGGUUCAAAGAAUUCGCUGAAGAGCCGGUGGCAAUAUUGCGAUUGCUACACUAUCCACCCCAAAAGCUCGAUGCUCCUGCUUUAGAACGAGGAAUUGGCGCCCACACUGACUUUGGCGCUAUUACUAUCCUCCUUCAAGAUGACAAGGGAGGUCUUCAGGUUUGGGACCGGGAAUCCUCUCAAUGGGCCGAUGUCAAUCCUAUUAAAGGGGCACUAGUGGUUAAUCUGGGCAACAUGAUGAUGCGCUGGACCAGUGACCGCUAUUUGUCGAACUUGCAUCGUGUGAUUAACAAAAGUGGCGAAGAACGGUACAGUGUGCCGUUUUUCUUUUCGGGGAAUCCGGACUUUGUGGUCAAAUGUAUUCCUAGUUGUGCAGAUGGACCACAGGACACCAAGUAUCCACCGAUUACGGUGGAGGAAUGGAUGACUGCACGUUAUGCUGAUACAUAUGGGGGGACAGAGAAAAGGAUGGGAGAUUUGUUCAGUGAGGUCGAGAAUGCAAAUAAUUGA